GAUAAAGUAAUUUACAAGAUCCAUUAGGUAAUCAGAAAAUCAAGCUGAAAUUAGAAUUUUCCGAGAGAAUCCGAAACAGGUGACAAAAAUGGGGGUAGAGGAAAAUAAUCGGAAAUCAAUGAGCAUCAAUGAAGAAGAGAAUAAGAAGCCUAAUCCUGACCUGAAGGAUGAUGAGGUGGAGAGUGCAGAGGAAGACACGACGUUACCUUCGCCAAAUAACGAUAUAGUGGAGCAGCCCCACCUCCUGGAGCACUUGUGGACCUUCUGGUUCGAUAAUCCGUCUGCUAAAUCCAGGCAAGCUGCCUGGGGUAGCUCCAUGCGCGCUAUUUACACUUUUUCCACCGUCGAACAAUUCUGGAGUCUUUACAACAACAUACACCACCCAAGCAAGUUAGCUGUGGGAGCCGACUUGCAUUGUUUCAAGUAUAAGAUUGAGCCGAAAUGGGAAGACCCCGUUUGUGCCAACGGAGGCAAGUGGACUGUAACUUUCCACAGGGGCAAGUCAGAUAUGUCUUGGCUCUACACGUUGCUGGCUUUGAUCGGAGAACAGUUCGAUUACGGCGAUGAGAUCUGCGGAGCAGUUGUGAACGUGAGAGGCAGGCAGGAGAAAAUAGCACUGUGGACCAAGAAUGCCGCCAAUGAAACUGCUCAGAUAAGCAUCGGGAAACAGUGGAAAGAGAUACUCGAUCAUAAGGAAACUAUAGGCUUCAUAUUUCAUGAGGAUGCAAAGCAUGACAGAGGUGCCAAGAAUCGCUACACUGUUUGACUUGUAUAGAGUUUUGAGCUCCAAGGAACAUUGGUUUUCAGCUUCU